CGCCCUCUAUGAUUAAUAUUUCGUUAUUCCAUAAGAUUAUAACCCACAAAUCGCAAAUAUGCUGGAAGCAAGAGGUCUUAAAGAUUUUUCCAUCUCUACUUGGUAUGAGAUCUUCAAAGAUGUCGCGUUGAAGACAAUUAUUAUUAACAUUCCAAAUGAACUUCUUGAGAAGCUGCGAGCAGACACUGGAGAAAUGAAAAUUGAAGAAGUGUGCAAUGAAGAUUAUCUUAAUCAUGUAAAAAAUACCAUUCUAAGCUUCAAUGGGAAGGCUUUUGUUAAAAGUAACUGGCAUGCUCCAAUUGAUGCUAAAUUUGCCAGUUUGGGUUAUUCACUGACAGUGACCAACAUUGAUGAUCUCUUGGUAUACUUUGCAUCAUCUGAGAUUAUUAUGCAUGAUUUCUCACAUAAUAAUGUGGAUUCUUUUUGCAUUGCUCUGAAACCAUGGAUUAAUAUUCAUCCAGCUUCAGAGUUCAGAUGCAUUGUGAUCAACAACAUCUUGCAAGGUAUUACACCUAGAGAUUGGCCAACAUUUUAUGCACAUUUCUGUGAGGAUGGACCUAAUAUCAUCAGAGCACUGACUGAUUUUUACAAACAAAACAUUUAUGAGAAGUUUAGCAGGAAAACUUAUACUUUUGAUGUGAUUCUAAACUUUCCUGAAAAUGUGACAUUGUUGGAUUUCGGCCCGUUGAACAACAAAACGAAUUUGUAUGCGUUUUCCUGGAAGGAAAUUCAAGCCAUCAUUAAAAAGAACUCCAAUCAAGAGGUUCCACCUGUUUUUCGUUAUUUGGAGAGUGAUAUGGGUAUCAUGACAAGGAGUGAAGCACUUCAUAAAAUCACCCAGUCACAAUUAACUUAAUUUUCGUUUUUAUGCGAAAAAUAUAAUUGGAUGCAUUUAUUUGAGUUAGAAAAUCGAUGUAUUAUUAUAUUAACUGUUACAAUGUUGCACUGUGUAGGUGUAGAGUUGAAGAAGUGAUGAAUAUUUAAUGUAAAAGACAAAUUUUGGUAAGCAGGGUGAUUUACACAGGAAAUUUCAUAAAAAAAUAAUAGAUACUCAAAUGUAUUUGUUUAAAUGUGUUAUAUCAGUGUACAACUUACUGAUACAGUAAAUAAAUGUUAAAUAAUGA